AUGUCUACCGGAGACCCUGGGUCCCCACUGCCGGCACCGCCACCACCGGUAUCCGCCACCAGCGUCCAGCCCCCCCGCGACCGGAUCCCGAUAAGCUCGAAGAAGACGCAAGUCACGGGCCCCGCCACCGCCGCACCCAACUAUGCUGCCGCUGCGAGUCAGAUGGCGGCUCAAACACCUGAACAACAGCAACAACAACAACAGCGUGCCAAGGCUCUGGGCAGCCUCCUACAAGCCAUGGGUGCUGUACCCGGAAACCGCAUGGAUCGCUGGGUCCAGGCCAUCUACUUCGCCGAACUCUACCCCGUCGCCACCGCCACAUCGCUGAAAUUUUCGGCCUUGAACGCGAACCGGUCCGUCGAGAACAUCUUCGAUUACGCCCUUGAAGUGACUCUGUCUCACCAGAGCGCCUCGCGAGCGACUCAUGCCGACAAGAUCGAUCUCGUGGCCUGCGUCACGAGGCUGCUAUCGCCCAUCUCUCCUAUCUGCUUUGAGCCUGGAGUUCCUCUGCCGGACCAUCUUGCGGCUUAUCAACCACAGAUCUUAGGCGUACAACAUUCAUCAAUCCUGCGUAAUGGGGCGGCUCACCAUCGCGUUACGGUUGGGUUCGUCACCGGCGAGGCACGUGACGCGGCGCUCACGACGCCCCCCGCUCUCACUUGGCGAUCGGCGAAGGCCCGCUUCGCGAAGUCUCACAGGUUCCACCAUAACAUGGUCGAGCUUCGAAUCAACGUCGGUGUUCAAGGAGUGCCCUCCAUGGAUGCCAUCAUCAAAUCGUUCCAAUCACUUGUGCAAGACCUGUCAGGCAAGGGACAUUCAUGCCAACUUGUGCAGGUUCUGCGCGUUAUCAGCGUGGACAACGCCUCGGCCUUCGCCCACGUUGCCGGAGACUACUCGGCUUUCCUACACUUCGAUGACGACUCCCUAUUCCAACGCCCCAACACGACCUUGAAGGAGAUUCUACCUUCGAGGAUCGACCUUCCCACUCGAGGCAUCCCGGUUACCGCCCUUCGCCAUGACUAUGAGAAGGAGGCGGCUUGCGGUAGGUGCCACUUUGUGGGUCACGUGGGAACCUGCGGACUGGAUCAGGAGAGGAAGCGGAAGGAGGCUCACAACGGCAUCAUCAACAGCAACAAAAACACCAUCACCCACAACACCAACAUCGCGGAGGCCGAGGCCCCCAUUCCUGUGCUGGUUGUUAACAGGAUCGCAUCACAGAAUCACUUCGCCGGGCUCGAGGUCGAGGAGGGACAGGAGGAAGAGGUAACUGGCCAGGGCGAACAGGGACCGGAGGAAUCGGGGGAGGAAGACGCUGGUGAUAAGGCGGAUGACGAGGACUCGGAGGACUCGGAGAUGGAAUCGGAGGCGGCCGCGAAAACGGAGGUCAUCAAAAUUGAAAGCGAGGACGAGUCGGUCUUGGAGGACUGCAGCGGAUCCGAUGGAGAGGUGAUUGAUGAGAAUGAGGUGAUGGCGGAUGAAAGAGGUGAAACGGAAGGAGAGGUGGCUACGGAGAUGGAGGAAGAGGAGGUGGCGACGGAGGUGGGCGAUGUGGACGAAGCGAGGGGAUCGACGAAAGCGGAGAAUGCGGAAGCGACGGACUUAGGGGAAACGAACAGGCUGGACAAUGACGACGACAGCGACGCCACAGCAACCGCCGCCACCGCUUCCCGCGAAUCGACGCCGCAUGAACCAACCCCACCUCUGUCACCCGAAACUCUCGCCAAGUCGCUACGCGAGGGGGAGGAGUGGGACAGGAUCAGAGCUAACUGGGUUGAGCAGGCACGACUUGAGCGGGACCAAAGCAUCGAGAGGAGGCUCAACGCUGAAACCCCUCUGGUGCGUCACAACUUUGCCACGUGGGACGAGGACGGUGAGAUACGCUCCAUCAACAUCAGGGGGACCGCUGCGAAGUUCAAGAAGCAGGUGAUGAAGAGGUCGCAGACUGCGGCGGACCUCAGUGACCCAAGUGACGAACCGACCGACGCCAAGCGAGUCAUCAUCAAAGGGAAGAGCCGCGUCGUGGUGAAGGAUGGAAUAGAGGGGCGGAGGGUGACGAGGUCGAUGUCGGCGGCAGCGGCGAUGCAGGUCGAGGUGACGAAGGUGGACAGAGGGAAAGGAAGAGGGGUAGCUGAGGAAAAACGAUGGUCCGACCACGAGCCCGAGGACGAUGUCCUGCCCGCCCUUCCCCUCUUUGAGGACGUCACCACCGCCAAGAGCGCCUCGACCUCGACUACCCAUUAAUGAUCAAGCACACCAUCAUCACCUGGAACGUAAGAAGGGGCAUGGGGGUCCCGGAAAAAACGACGUAAUAUCUACACCUACCUUUCCACAUUCAAAGCUUCCGCGAUUCUCUUACAAGAGCAUUUCAUCAGACCACAAUUCUGGCAGCUCAUCAAGGACGAGUACGAGGGCAAGCUCUUCAUCAACCAGCACUGCCUGACCCUGAUCCCGGCCGACUCGCCCCUGAUCGACGCCGAGCUCUUGCGCACCCACUCGGCACUCGACGGCCGGCUCCUCGUCACCUCCUUUCGUCUGCGGGGCGACAUCAAAAUUCUAGAAAUCAAUAACCUCUACGCGCCCGUUGACCCAAAACAACGAGCAAAAUUCUUCGACAAACUGAUCCUCCACAAAACACAGAAAUCCCACCUCCGACUCCUUGGCGGCGAUCUCAACGACUGCCCGCGCCCAGAAGUCGAUCGGCGGAACCAAAGUCGGCGCGGCCACCACUGGCCGAUUCUGAUGGGCAAGCUCGACUCGGCCUACACGGACUGCAUCCGCUACAAGCACCCCAUCACCCCAUCUUUCACUCGACCUAAUCCCAAUCGCAAGCGACCCAACUCCUUCUCCCGGCUUGACUACUUUCUCCUACAAAGAGCUCACCAAAAAAGGCUCGACCAGGCCUCGACGAUCUACGACUAUCCCAAGGAUCUUUCCGAUCACCGACCGGUCUUGAUCGUACUGGCUCUCUCAGACGAUCUUGAUGCGGCUCUCCCACAGCUCAGCCUACCUACCACAUCCAACCAACUACAUCGAAUCAAUACCACAACCUUCAAGACGGUGGAAUUUCAGCGGAUGAUGGAAGGAUGGUUGGAAGGGGCAAGCGGGGAGGAUCCGGUGCGAGAGCUUGAGGAGGUUCUGGAGGCGUGCAGGGACAGGGGUGGGGAGAUGGCGAGGAGGCUGCAUCGGGAGCGGACGGAACGGAUGGAGUAUUUGGUGGGGAGGGUGCAGGAUCUGGAGGCGUUACCGGUAUGGGGGGAGGCGGAAACGGCAGAAUGGACAAGGACGUCCGAGGAACUCAAGCGGGCGGUCGAGGAGCGCGCGCGCCUACUCCGGAUCCGAGCCCACGUCCCCGAGAUCGCUUCCGAGGAACGACUGUCGCGGCCGGUCCACGCCAAGCUCGCGGCGCGGAACUCGGACUCCAAGAUCACAGCACUGCGCUUGGGCAACGGAGAGCUAACGCAUGACAUUGAUGUCGCUCUUGACCACACGCAGGCGCAUUUCCAGCGCCUCUACCACAUCGAGCCUCGUGAUCCGGAACGCGUCGACCGACUUCGGGACGAACUCCUCGUGCCGAUCAGGGCGGCACGGACUUGCGACGACCCGCGCUCAGAUCCGCUCUUUCUGCGCCGACUCUCGGAAGCGCAGAUUGAUCUCCUCCAGCAACCCAUCACCGAGGACGAGGUCGUGGCCGCGAUCGGGACGACGCACCCGGGGCGAUCGCCGGGCCCGUCGGGCGUGCCUUACGAACUCUAUCAGACCGCACCGGAGGCGUGGUCCAAGGUGCUGACCAAGGCCUACAACGCGAUGAUCGAGCGCGGUUCACUCUCUCCCAAGCAGGGCCAGGGACUCGUGCGCCUCAUCUUCAAGCGCCACAAGAAGAAUGCCGAUCGCGCCGAACUCUCGUCGUAUCGCCCCAUCACCCUGCGCGAGUGCGAUUACAAGAUUUUUACCAAGGUCUACGUCGCCCGAUUGAACCAAAUUCUGCCCGAUCUCCUCCCGCCGCAGCAGCACGGCUUCGUCAAGGACCGCCGAUCGGCCGACGCUGCACUACACCUUCGUCUCCUGAUCGAGGAACUUGGCGCGCGCAGGACCGAGUUCCCCGCGGCCGCGCUCUUGUCUCUUGACCAAUCAUCCGCCUACGACCUCGUCGAGCAUGACUGGAUCUUUGCCAUUUUCGACGCUCUGGGCGUUCCUACCACCUUUCUUCGCGUGCUGAGGAUGCUCUACUCGGGUGACUCGACCUCGGCGCGCUACAUCAUCAAUGGGUUCCUGACGGCGCCGGUGCGACUGACGUGUGGGCUCGGCCAAGGGGACCCGGCGUCAUCGUCGGUCUGGGACAUCGUGUUUCAGCCGUUCCUGGAUGCUCUACACCGUCGAAACAUCGCGCUGAAUCUCUCCAUACCUGCACUUCAUCCGUACCCACAGAGCCGCGCCAUUACAUCACUUGCAUUUGCCGAUGACGUUGUCGUCGCCGUCGCGGGCUUGGAGUCACUCAACUUGCUCGAUGACCUGGCGCUCGACUGGAGGCAUGCAACGAAUGGCCGGCUCAACACGGACAAGACGGUCGUCCUACCGAUUGGACGUCGCUGGGACCCUGGGGAACGGCCAAUCGUCGUCAAGGCCGCAGGCGAGUCGCUCGAGUGGAUCGGCCUCCCCUUCGACCCCAGCGGCGACACCGAACUCGCCUACGCGAAUCUCAUCGAACGGCUCGAGGCGACGCUGGAAGCGGUUCAGCAUCGCUGGCUCACGCACCACACCCGUGCCUUUUACGUCAAUCGGUACGCCAUUCCCAAGAUCCUGCAUUUCCUUGCAGCCGACAUCCCGCCGCCCGAAGUCGUCAAGAAGCUCGAUGACAUGCUCGUCGAUUUCGUCCGUGGGGGCAAGGGCAGGACCAGCUACGGCAGAGACAUUGUGUUCACCGCCAAGAACAAGGGGGGACUCGGGGUGAUAAGGAUGCGGGACGUUGUGGACGCGGUUGCGGCACGGCUCUGGGACGUUCUUCUCGGCGGUUCCGGCGCGAUUUGGCAAGGACUUGCGCGCGCAGCACUCCAGCGAGCUCAGCCCGACCUCGACCUGGCCACCGAUCUCUGGCCACAUCCAUCCACUCCCAUCCCCAACGACCUUCAUCCCCGAUGGCACGCCGCACUGGGCGUUCCGAAACUUCACGACGUGCAGGUCAACCCGAGGGCCUUGACCACCGCGAACCUGCUCGCGCUGCCCACCCUGCUCGGCAGCCUCCACACCCCCAUCAGAGGGAGACAGACCAUCGACGCGGUUCAUGUACCUGACUACCUUCGUCUCCAGGGCUACCCGAAGGUGGCGGAUCUCUAUCGGCGCGAGUUGUAUGCGGGUGGGGGGUUUCACCUCUGGACGCCGCCGGCGGAUGUGCUCGGCGACAACAGCGAGUACGAUCGACGCGGGCUCCCGCAGCGACUGGCAAUCGCGGCCUGGUACCGGUUCACUGUCGAUCGACACAAGAACACCCCCUUGGCGGCGGCGGUGGCGGCGGGACGACUCAACGUGCCUCCCCGGAUCGGCACCAGCGCACCACUCGAGGCGAUCAUCCCCAAGCCCGUGGCCCGCUUCGCAAUGGAGCAGCGCCUUCCGGACCCGGUGCUUCCACAACAGGCGAGCCAGUAUACGCUGCUGAACAUGGCUCGCCCCUACACAGUCCGUCGCAUCCGCCGGGUCCUGAACGCGAAGGCAUUUACCAACAUGCUCGGGCUCAAGGGACCACCGCAGCCGGACGACCUCAGGAGCUUCUGGAAGGCAGUCAACUCGAAGGCACUGACAGCGAGGGAGAGGGAAGUUUGGUUCAAGCUGAUCCUCCGCUUCACCCCGACGCGCAAGCUCCAGCACGAGCAAAAGCAUGUCACUUCUCCCGCGUGCCUCGUGUGCGAAGCGCCGGUGGACGACACCGAUCACUACUUCUUCGGCUGCGUCGACUCGCGGAACGUCUGGACCGCGGCAAGGGGCGUGCUCUGCGACGCGCUCGGAUGCGACACGAUCGAGGACGCCGAGUACACGACACUACAACGACUCUUUGGCCUCCCCAAGCUCAAGGCCAAGCUCAGCGAACAGGAAGGCGCAGGCAGGACGAUCGAGAUCUUCACGGGGAUGGUCUUGGAGAUGAUCAGCAGUGGGAGAUGGAGGAUGCAGAAGCACGGGACGAGGAUGGAAAGCCUGGAGCGGAGGAGGGUGGUACUGGAGGAGAGGAUGAAGUUGAGGGCGGGGGGAGCAAGGGGCGGGCGAGGGCAGUAG